GGUAAGUGGUUUUGAACGCGAAAAUGCCAGCCUUGGAGACUCAGUCGCUCACAGUCUUUUGUUCAGAAACUUAGCUGCAGUUGAUAGUGUUUUGAAUUUCGAAAAAAUACUUGAGACUAUAUACAUUGUAAAAAAAAAGACGACAUCAUGGCUAAGAUUUUGCCACUGUUGUGCAUCUUGGGUGCUGCUGUCAUCAUGGCUGUCACUGAUGUUGAAGCCAGAAAAGGCAGACAAGGAAACAAUGCUGUGAGAAUCAGGGUCGACUUUAGCACCAUCUUGGCUGUGCUGAGGGAAUUGAACAGGGGCGACCUGGCGACUGCCUUGGCCCCAUUCGAGACCAACUUCAAAGAAGGCACCCUGCCUGCCACCCAGGCGCUGAGAGACACUCUGGCAGGCAUCAUAGAGCAAGUGCGGAUUUUGAAGGACAGUCUUCCCUCGGACACCGAUCGCAACAGCGACGCCAGGAGGAGGCGAGGCAUUUUGGGGUCCUUGUUGCGACGUUAUCAGGAGAUGACAUCUGCCUCUGGCUGACGAUGAGAGAACCAUCAUCAAGCAGCAGCAACAGCAGCCGAGAAUGAUCAAUCCACUGCAUGCAUGUAAUCCAAAAUUGUGCUUGUGAUUUUCGAAUGAUAUAUACUGUAUAUACAUGCUGCUGAUGGGUAUAUAUCCAUGAAUAAAGAGAAGAAUACGCAUA